CAUCGCCCUGACAAGAAGGUAGCAACGUACUCUAUACCCUCAGCUCGCGGGUAAGGCACUCCGCGGUGCGCUGAACCUCAAUACGAUGGCUUCGAUGCCACAGCAGGGCUUGGCGGAUGCUGGUGCCGAUCAAGAUGUGCUGGUUCCAUUUCGCGAGAUGUAUGAGGCACUGGAGAUUUCAGAUGCGUCACUGCAGCCAGAACGACUCUUCCGCUUACUUACAGCUCGCGUCGAAUCGCUGCGGCAGUUCAAUCCUGCCUAUGUGUCGGCCAAGGGCAAGGUCGCAGGAGUGACAGUCCAGAACCACACGCUUCAGAUAUCAUACGAUGGAUCACAAAUCUCUAUUCCAGUCGAUUCAAAACAGAAACAGAUAGGCCAAGAAUUGCGGAAACGGUUCGGGCUGGAGGAGGAUGAGGCACAAACGUUGCUGUUGCUGAGGCAAUUUCUGCGCAGCGAGUCGGAAGAGAGGCUGCAGGCAAUCAAAGACGCCGAGGAGAUGGAAAGGAAGCACAAGGAAGCGUUAGGAAGUUCACUUCUUCCGAAGCAGGCUAGCUUCGGCAUUUCUUCGAAGGACCAAAGCGCCGUCACGGACCUGCAUGAGGAAUUCUACGACGCGUUCACCGUCUUCUACUUUGGUGAGCGCAUCAGCCUGCUGCAGUGCAUCAGCGCUCUCUUGCGCAUUGCCGACGAUGUCGAACACGAAAACCAAGAAUCUGCACGGAGUAUCGUGCAAAUGCUUGCCCCUGCCACGCUGAGCAGUCCGGACAAAAGCUUUGGGCUUAACUGUCUGCAGCACCUGCAACACAACCUCAUCGAUGCAGAAAUGCCCGCUUCGGUCCGCGAAAAUGUGCGCUACGCUACAUUUUGGGCUGUGCAAGGUCUUCGUCAACAAACAGAGCUACUUGAUACAAUCUUCCUUCUCUGCCACACCCAUACUUCCCCCACCGCUGAAUUCGCACUUGGCGUCUUACACAUCAUCCACGGGACAAAUUUCGGCAAGCGGCAAGGUAAUAGCGGGUUUUAUGCAGGAAAGGAAGCGCAAGGCCUUCUAAAGGCUGUGUCGAGCUUACUGUGUCUCAUCAGCGUUGAGAGCAUUGGUGUGGAAAGGUUGCUGGACGGGGAAACAUGCCUUAGGAAGUUGCUGCCUAGCAAUGCGGGACCUUCCACCAUGGCAACUGGUAAAUCACAGCCGGGCUCAGGGGCAGCACACCUUGCUGCAUCUCCCGAGCUGCUCAACGAAGCACUUAACAUCAUUGAGGCACUGCGCUUCGAUGUGUUGUGGGGGCCCGUACUGGUAGCUUGGGCUCUACUGCUCAAUCGCAUCGACGCAGCGUUCGAGAACUUACAGGCGUCCGACGUACCGCACACCCCCGGCACAGCGGGCAUUCCUGCACACCUGCACGCGCUUCACGCGAUUGUGGAUAUCGGUGCGCAAGGUCCAGCAAUAUGGACCAAGUUGGCCAACCUCGCUUUCAGUCCGCCAAUGCAGCUCAACAAGACCAUGGCUGAUGUGCUCGCCUGCCUCAGUGAUGCGAGCAUCAAGUCAUUCGUCGCUUCUCCUUCGCACCUUGCAUACCGCACCGCCUUCAAGAGCAUUCUUCUCAGCGAAACAGAGCUUGUAAAGCCUGAGUUCAUCCAGGACCACGAGGCGCUGCUGCGCGUGUGGGAGCUUGUGUUUGGCAACGUCGAUCCGGCGGAUGAAUUCCUUCGUCAAGGGACCGCAGCGCUCUGCGAACAGUUCUGGGGGAUUGACGCACGUCACGAUAUGCGCUCAGCCAUGCUGCGUAUGUCCACCGGCCGAUGGCCUAUCCUCUUUCGGCCUCUGCUUCGGCUUUUGCGCGUCCUGUCUGGCAGACACACCGCGAGCAACCAAGGGUCCGCGUCAUCCUUUGCGUCUGAGCAAGCCACCGCUUCAGCGACGUCCGUCUUCGAGUACUUCAGUUCUUUACCUUCCAUCGCGCACAUCUUGCCGCCGCCGAAGGCGCUUGGCAACCCUUACGAAGCCGUCGAGAGCAGCGAUCACGACGCGAUCGUGUACAGACUCGUACAGCCUUUGCAAAUCUUUGGCAAGCAGAACGUCCUGCCAGUCGGCACAGUGGGCCGAGUCGUAUCGGACAGGAACACUAGGCCUGUGACGGUCAUCUGGGAGCUGGACAGCGGGGGCUUCAGCGGUUGGAGGCUGCUGCGGGACGUUCUGGCGAGUUUCGUCUCGCUUCUCGUGGAAGAGAACGAGGGUCAAGAUCCGGAUCGUUCGAACAUCUUUGCUGACGGCAAUGAUACCGGGCCGACAGACUUUUCCGCACUCACGCCCGAGGCAUCUGAUCAGGAUCGCAUGGAUGCAGCAGGCGACGCGCUCGAGCUCUUCGCAAGCGUUCUGUCUGCUGGGCAUGUGCUUUCUCUCAGACUUUUCGCCCAUCUGGACAACGCAGAUGCACAGGUUAUGGAGCUUGAAGGAGCGCAGGCGAAGAGAGCAGGCAGCCAACACGCCAGUUUGACGCGCAUUGUUGUGCGUAUGCUCGACCUUUGCCUUGCGCAGCCGAGACUGGACACGCGACUGGUCAGCGCCGCAUACACGGUCCUGACGCAUCUGCUCGAGGUACGACCAGCGAGCGUAUGGACUGCGCUGCGACCCUCGAACGUCCUCGUCGGCAGCGCGGGCCUUCUGUCGCUAAAAAGAAGCGAUUCGGAUCCAAACAUGCUGCAAUCUGCGCUGCUCGAAGCUGAGAUGCACAGUGGCGAAUACGAAGGCUUGCUCGCGGUGCUCGAUCUCCAUACCGCACUUGUCCUUGAACUGCAGCAAUCACAGUUCUCCGCUCCGACGUAUCUGCUUGAGCUCAAGGCAUGGGUCGCAGCGCGUGGCCUCACUUGGAUUACGGAAUGCGUCUGGUCCGAUUGUCUCAAUUGGAGGUACGCCACGAUGAACAGCAAGUUGAUGAUCCUGCGUAAAUGCAUUCGUAUCUUCAACGCUGUGUUUUCCGACAGGAUGCUUCGUGGCGCAGCAGUGGGACCGUUGGCUAGCGUUUACGGUGUGCUGGAGAGGGCCUUCUUGAGCGGUCCAUCAGCCCUGACUAUGAGCUCGCUGCUGUCAAUUCUCGCGUGCAGCAACAGUCUUGUGCAGGAGUGCGGCCGAAGCGGCAGCGCAUUGCUCUCAGACUCUGCCGCUAGGCUCGUACGGUCGACGCUCUUGCUUAGCUUCCGCAUCGUGCAGCGACGGCGCGACAUGAAUUCAACAGCAACAAAAGACCAAGUGAGGCUCGGAGCGAUCGAAGCGAUCAUCUUUGACCCUGCGCUCGUUGGUCAGCAAUUGAGCAAAACAGGCGGCAAGAUCAAGUCGCGCGUGCAGAUCGCCGCCACGCUCAUUGAUGUCAUUAACACCCUGUACUUCCCAGAAGCGGCCAUGCUUUUGGCUGAAGCAGUGCUUUCGGUAGCGGAGACGACCAGACGGCUGGAUCGCGCGUCCAUGGCUCUGAUUGGCAGCUUGGGCAGCCUUUCUGAGAUGCAGAAACGCUUCGAAGGACUUGUCCGGCUCGCAGGGCCAGAAAGGGACAACCUGUCGCCACUCGCCUCUACGCUCUGGGGACUCUUCUCAGCUCUGACAGAAUUGCAGCCCGCGCUUGCUGCGGUGUUUGUGACUGGCGAGCAUUUGGACUACGCGAGGAAGGCCAAUGAAGACAAAGAGAAGGGUAAGAAGAAUGGCGCGAAGGCUGCCAGCGAUGCUUCCGCUCUGCUGUUCGCUGUUCACUUGAUCGAGGACUGGGAGCUAUUGUGGAGACAAGAUGCCAGCUUGCUCGAAAAUGCAUUGAAAUUCGUCAAUACGGCAUGGCUGCGACGCGCGGAGCACCCACAUGCUUUCCAGUCAUUGCUAGAACGCAAGCCACUCUGGGAGAAACUGGUCGACUUGCUUAAGCGAGACGAGAGUGAGGAUGUCGAGGCGGAUGAAGUGCAGAUCAUUGCCGUGCGGCUAGCUUGCAAGUCCAGAGCACUACGACUCAUCAGCACCUCGAUCGCUAGCCAGGAGCAAUCAAAAGAUACCGGCCGCAAUAACGUCCAAGCGCUUGUUGAUUUCAUCUCAGCCACAGACACUUUCAAAAUGGUGUUAGCAAAUGCGGCGCAAGUGACCUUCAAUGCUGGCAUGAUAGGGCUGUCAGAAGACGAUAUGAAGACAUUGGCACCUUCUUUUCCUUUCGGACUUUUGCGGAAUCCGCCUGUGCGGGACGAUUUUGAUAUGUCGAGGCCAUUCGGCGACAGUUACGUUUUCGACUUUGGCCUCCUUGCGACCAAGCUUGUCGGCUACCAGUCCCCGGAUGCCAACAACGUCAAGGAGGGCGAAAACAUGACACCGGAGGCAUCAGCGCAGGCCGGAGGAAUUGUCGUUGCGGUCAACAGGGAGUGGUCCGUCGUCGACAGUCAGAUCUUCUAUCUGCGUGCUUGGCAUGAAUUGCUGGCCGGCUGCACCGGUUCACUUUUGGCGCACGCGCAAUCGGACAAAGAGAAGAUUGCAAAACUUCGGGCUUCGGCAUUUCAGACAUGGCUCGCAGUCGCCGCCACUGCGACCGAAUUCACUGGAGCGGGAUUGGUGCAUGAAGGAAUCCACCGAGCCAGAUUGUCUCUGCUCGCGACCUUGCUCGAGCUAGCUUGGGUUGAAACCAGCAACGUCGAAAAAGCUGCUAUACCGGAGCUGCUUGGGGUCAUUGCGAACGUGCAGUCUUUGCUUGAGAAAAGUGAGCCUGCGCUGGAAGCAAGCUUGCGCGGCCUCACGCCGGAGCCUCUCCAUCGUGAUCUCUUCCGGCUCAUUUUUCUCGCCUCUCUCAAGUAUCGCGAUUUCACCGUUGCCAACAAAAAGAAGGGUCUGCUUGACUCGAAGCAACAUCGAGAGGCUCACAAGACGAUUGAUAUCUUCGCAUUGCACGUCAUUUCUUCUUUGCGCGUCGUUUCGGACUCCGCGAGGCCAAUUUUCUCGAACAAGGGCGACGUCACGCAUGUUUUCCAGCUGGAGGAAGAUAUUAGCAUUCUCACAAGCAUCCUCAACUUGCUCAUUCGACCUGAAGCUGAUCUUGCACCGCACUUCUUGUCGGCCACAAUGCAAGCAACGUCUCUGUUGCCGGCUUGCAUCGAACUUUUCAUUGCUGCACCCCAUGGCCAGACGGCAUCGAAGACUGCGGAGUCAAGUGGCGCGAUAGCGACUUCCCUUUUGUCGCUCUUCCUGACGCUCUCCGCCCACCCAACACUCUCUGAGACAGUGGUCUUGUCAGGCUUGAUGACAGCGCUUUCCAACAAUGCAUCGUCAUCGGCGCUGGAGUCCGGCUCAGUGCGCGCUGUGACCCUGACGGGUGAACACACCCCACAGCAUCAAUGCUGGCUACUCAUGCUGCGAAUCGUGACCUCGCUCGCGAUAAGCUUUGCUGAACGCUUGGAUACUGCUACCAGCCAGGGCUUCGUCACGACCGAGGUCAUCAGCUUCGUACAGCUUUAUCAAGCGCAAUUCGAUCGGAUCAUCGACUUUAGCCCUGUCACGGAUGCAGGCCCAAAGUUCUUCACCAUUAACGGAGAAGAGAGCCGGUCGUUCACGGAAGCAGAUCUGGAGGAGGUAGAAACCGGUGUGCAGCUGCUGGUGGUCGUCACCGAACACAUCGCGGCUGCAAGAGAAAUGAAUCACCAUGCCAAGCUUAUCUCCAACAUUGCUAGAGGUUGCGCAAAGCUCUUGCAGCAGACAAGCUAUCUGUUACUGCGACCGCGGCUGCUGAGCAGCACUUUCGGCGACGAGGCGUCUGAGGGUGCGUCGGAGCAGGAGAAGGGAGCUGUGGCGCGAGCGGAGGCUUCGAUUUCCAAAAGGACGGAGAAUAUCGUAAUGGGAAUGGUGGCAUUGAUAAGCAACUAUACUCGUGCCGCCGACAUCCUCUGUACAGACACAGCGGAUCUGUUAACUGAUGCCCCUGUGAUCACGCCGCGUCUACGGGUUUCGCCUUCGGAGUCUGCAACCAUCGGUACACUCAUCGAUGUCGCACAGCACUUUGCCGAUCAGCUCAAGUCGACGGCCGGCAAGAGCAAGGCGCACCUGGCGCAGCUGACGCUCAGUCUCGAGCAGACCCUAACGCUCGCUGUCACGCAGCUUUCUGUCGCCCUGUACAACCGAAACGACGGGCCGCAUCUGUCUCCCGCUCAAGCAAAUGCACAGACCCAGGCGGCCUCUUUGGCGCAAAAGGAGGUUGACGCGGGUCUCGGGAGGGACGUCGGAUCUGCCAUCGCAGGUGCCCAGUCUGUUCUCGCGAACGGGGCUGGUGACGAAGCGCCGUUGCUUGUCAUUCUGCAAGGCUAUGUUGACAGACACCUGCUCUCGCGCAGUAGAGCUGUCAGCGUCGGUGCUUCUUAGCAUCUUACACACAGUUCUCUACUUCCACGGCGCAACGUUGCCCGGUGUUGUACGUCUAUGCAUGUAGCAUAACCUGCAUUGGUGUUUGGUGACAUUGGUGCUCAGUGAUCCAAAAGUCUCAAACCCCCUCAAUAGUCCAGGGAUUGAAG